AUGUACUUUUUACAGGGUUGCAGAGAUCUCGUGCAAUACGGUAUUGUCGCUUUGAAGGAUUUUGCGCACUCUCGCGCCACAGCCCAUUUUCGCCAGCUUAGAUGGCGGAUUACCGCAUCCUGCUAUCGUCAGUGGUGGCGUGAUCGGAAGCAGAUUUUCGCCGAGUACGGGGCUCGCCGUCGUGUCGUUGGAGGUGGCCGAAAUCUUCUCCCAGGAACGCUCGAGGAUCAGCUCAUGGAGGUGUUGUACGACAAGCAAAUCCACAAAGAGAAGGUGACAAGAAUUUGGAUUGCCUCGACGGCGCUAGCGCUAUUCCAGAACAGCCGCACGGAAGAAGAGCACGAAGGCGACCCGAUUUGGUUCGUUGCGUCGGACGAGUGGGCGCACAACUUCAUGGCGCGGAACGACCUCACCCUUCGCAAGCGGACGAACCUUACAACAUUGUCGGACGAGGUGCUGGUGGAUCGAGCCGUGUCCUUCAUGCAGUUCUUGGAGGUCCCCAAGCCCAAGAUGAACCUGAAUCGUACCUUUUUGAUGAACGAAACAGCGGUUCAUUUUGAGGAUGCUCGGACCUACACGGUCGAUGAAGUCGGGAGCAAGCAUGUCGUCAUCCGCUCCACGGAUUUUGCGUCCAUGCGCAUAACCGUGAUGCUUGUGGUCACGGCAUCGGGAUGGAAGCUCCCUCCCUGUAUAAUCCGGAAGCGCAAAACGCGCGGCGCGAGCGAGCGCUUGGGUGGGUGCUACGUUGUCUUUCAGGAAAGAGCGUAG